AUGUGUUUUUUCAUCCGAGAAAAGAACAUAGAAGCUCGCGACGAGAACAGAUGGAAGUAUCGUCAUACCAAUUAUAUUUUCAGAAACGCAGGGGGUGAAUACAUCGAGCGAAAGGGUAAGGGUUGCCUUGAAGCCGGCAAAGGUCCCCUCUACGAAUUCGGACCCACGAGAAGCCAUGUUAUCCCGCAUAGAAAUAGGCCCAGGGACGACCACACCGCAUCACCCAACUUCAAACAGGUCAACUGGGACGGCGGGGGGACCGGAGAAAGCCUGAACCGAAAGGAGUCUCCCCUGGGCACAACAACUCGUGACGAGACCAAUAGCCCCAAGCCUGUCUUCAAGAAGGUUGACUGGAACGCCAAGGGGCAUCCCGAACGAUCGGUAUCUCCCCGAGGUACGACUUCUCGGCUUUCUGCGAGACCUCGCGACGCUCCGGAUCUGAUGCCCAAGGCCUGA